GGUAAAUGCUCUUCAAAAUGGCGGCCGUUGUGGAGAAGGUAAAAACCAAAAGGCUAUUUCUUUCUGUGUACAGCCUUUUCAGAAGUCGCCAUUUUUCCACUUUUAGUUUCGCGCAUGAGCUCUCAGUAUAUAGAAGAAGGUCAUCUCCGUGCGUAAACCAUUUUUCCCGAAGAAGUACACGUAUCUGGUCUUUUUCCCGACAAGAUGACUUGACGAAAGCCCUUUCGGACGCAGAGAAAAUAGUCGGUUAUCCCACCUCCUUCUUAAAUUUGCGCUAUCUGCUAAGUGAUGAGAUCUCAAACAUCGCCAUGUACAUGAAAAGGUUCGCCAUGAGCAAACAUCCAUUGCUGAGGACUGCCCGAGGCUUUGUCACUGAUGAAAAUCAAACCAUACAAACUAGAGGACUUCUAGUUCUGCUGAUUUCCAAAGCGUCUCGGCCAUGUUUAAACAGCGAUCAUUACAUCACAGAUCAGGAACUGGUAGCUGAUAUUUAUUCAAGCCAAAGACAGCUUGCGGACAUUACAGAAACCAUACAUACAGGUAAAAUUCUUAAAAUAUUAUUUUAUUUCACGUUGAUGACACACUGUUCACGAUCUUGCUAUUGGUUUUCACCAACAAGUACAUUAACAUGUACACUGGACAUAUACAUGCUUUGAAAUUGGGAUUUUUUGAAAAUGUCAAGUGGUUAAAAUAUUUAGUGUCAGUGACAAAGCAAAUAAAUAUCUACAGAGAAACCUCGAUAUAACGAACCUCUGUCUUUAUAUUAAAUGAAGUCCUCGGUAUAAUGGAUGAUUUUCUUUACCCCAAUAACAGUAAAAUAUAUGAAAAAGUGCCUCGAUAUAAUGAAACCUAGUUAUAGGAAACAUAUUUUGCCAGUCCCCAUCGAGGUUCCACUGAACUAGAAAUUUUCUGAAAUGGAGUAUCAUUUCAGUAUACAGUCGACUCUCUCUUAACGGACACUGCUAUAAGAUGGACACCUCAGUAAAACAGGCACCUAAAGUUGGUCCCUGCCUUUCUUUACUCCCUCUUUUUUGAGAUGGACAUCUCUCUUGGUGGACACCUAGUGCCUACCUUAGACUGCAAGCAGUCUCUUAUUUUUCUUUGCAAAGUCACUGCACGCAAAACCUAAGCACAAGAGCGGCAAAGCCGCCAGCCGUGAGAAACAAGGGCGUAAGCCUGAGAAGAAAAAAUAAGAGACUGCUGACUCUUUUGUUUUGUCUGGGGACAACGAAGCUGUCAAGGUAAUGUAAUUAAUCAAUUAAACCCGCGUAACUUGAAACAAUUUAUAAAUAGAACAUAAACAACUGAAAAAAUUACACUUUCUUCAAAUCCGGUAAGAUGGCCUUGAACUAGUUUCCUUUGACGAAAUUUAUGGCAGUUUCCUUCUGUAACAUAUCUUUAAAGUUUUAUUACUGAGAUUACUGCUUGGUUCGUUAUGGUUUGCAGUUGGUUGUGAUGCGUGACUAUUUUUAUUGCUUGCAAUCUCACCACAGACCAGUCAAUUAUCUGUCAACAGUUCUGCAAUUCACUAAUUGGUUACUCUGUUUCUGGGCUGACAGAGGGUUUGUUUUCUACAAAAGAGUCAGCAUUCCGUCUUUUCUCGUCUGGUCUCAAUCCCUUAUUCUAAUAAUAAUGUCGUGGUUUGCUAUCGCGCUGGAUGAGAUAUAGUCUCCCUCGCAGCCGAGAUAAGAACUAGAUGGAUUUUAAGAGAAAAGGCAGACUGCAAGCAGUCUAUGCCUGCCCCACAGUUGUCAGCCUAAGGCCCUGUUUACAAGAAGGUAGGGUAGCCCUUGUGCUAGGGUUACCCUAGCACAAGGGUUACCCUAGCAGUCUCACAUUUCUUCUUUUGUACAUGACGUGUUUACAAGGCAGGGUAACCCUGCCUGAGUGCUAGGGUUACCCUAGCAAGAGGAUUUCCCCUCCUGCCUUGUAAAUGCUCUGCUAGGGAUAACUCACCUACCCGGGACAACUUUCCUCUGUCAUGCAUGACCAGUAGUCUUGACAGUUUGAACAGGAUUAUCCAAUUUCUGAGCUAAAUCUGAACAAUACAAGGUAUUUUCGGUAUAUGAUGAUAAUAUUUUCCCUUUUUUUUGCGUUAGUUUAACAUGUUUUCCAUAGAGAACUUCAAGUUUUAUUUCAAACCUUGGACGUUACAAAGAAUGUCACACAUGACGAAACACGUCAGUAAAGCUGAUAAAGUUGACCCGGGUGAUAGGGUAGCCCUACCUGUGAAAUUUGUUUGUAAACAAGAGGUAACUUUAACCCACUUGCUAGGUUAACCCUAGCACAAGGUUAACUCUCUUUCCUUUUAUACAGGCCCCAAAAGAGAGUUGACUGUAGGUGAAUUUUCAGUCUAGGGAUCUCUGGACAAACUUUGGAAGAAUAACUUCAAUUGGCUUGUCUGUUUGCAAAAUAUAUAUGUAUAGACGUACUGUAAGAGGUAGAUUAUUUGACCGGGGUGGGGGUAGGAGGGGGUGGGUACUCCCUUAUAUAACUCAUACACUGUAUAUGUAUGUACCGUCCCAAUGGGUAUGGUUUUUAUGCUGUUUUGGUCUGAAAACAGCUGUACACUGUAGACUUUGCCCAUUUUGGUCUGGAAUUGGAUUUGGCUCUCAAGGGAACAAUGGGAAUGUAUGACUGUACUUGUUGUUUCAAUUCCAAAUUAAAGAGAAAGAAAGAGUAAUUUGCGAAUUCAAAAUGGAUGGGACAAGACAAGACAAGAUAUUUAUUAUCUUAUUACUGCUUACAAUUUCUUAGCAUGCAGUUACCCAAAAUGCUAGUCAUUGCAUGCCAAAUUAAUAUUUUUCUAUUAAAACCAGAUAUCACCUGAUAAUAAGUUAAAAGCAAAAGGAAAAGAAAAGAAAGAAUAUUAGAAAAUAACAUCAAAAGCAAGAAAUACAAAUCUGUGCAAGUUGUGAAGAAGCUAAGGUUUGGGAUCUCACGAUUCUAUUUCUCACUUUAUCAUGGUGGCAUCAAAGUUAUCAUCUUUGUCUUUUAAUAUUUCAAAGAGCACGCUGAUUAUUUUCGUUUUAAUGUUUUAUUUUUUUACAUACAUGUAUCUAUCAUUCCAUCUGGUAUCUUAUUCCAUAAUUUAGCGCCAAAGAUUGGGAUGGCUUGUCUUAGUUUUUCAAGAUUAAAUUUUUUGAUUUGGAGAAAAAGCAGAUAGCAAGGCAGAGGUUCACUAUCCAAUUAAAAUCCAACAUGAUUAUAUUUGGCUUGUUUGUGAAACAUGUGCAACAAUUCUAUUGUCUGACGAAGAGAAAUUGCUGACAACCCCGCAUCUCUUGUUGAUUGUAUGGAAACUACCAAUCGUCCCAGUUAUCCAGAUUGUCUAGAAAUGUUUUGAAGCUAGGCUUUACCAGGAUCAAUUUAUUGCAUGCAAUUUCUAAGUUACGAUAUGUGUACAUUAGUUCCAUGUUGUCAUCAAAAUUUCUUCAUAUGUAUACUCUUAGUAACACAGUCGAUAGAGCAAUCAUAGAGUUCAGACCAUUAGUGAAGUGGUCACUUGCGAGAGGUUAAAGACAAUGGAAAAUUAUUAAACCAUCAGUCCCGAAAAAUGGUUACGGUUGCUUACAGGAUGUUGUCGCUUAUGAGAGGUUCCAACUGUAAGGCUUUGAUGGCGUAUACUUUGGUCUGUUGCAUAGGUGGUUGCUUAUGGGAGGUGCUUACUUAUGAGAAGUAAUCGCACAUGGAGGUUCAACUGUAGUUACUUUAAUAACUGUCUCCUUUGCAUUUUAUUUCAGCUAAUUUGGUUCACACUGGUAUAGUUGAUAUGUCCAGCAUUGAGUCAAGCAGUAAAUCUUAUCAGGAUGACAUGGAAUUUGGCAACAGAAUGGCAGUACUGAGUGGCGACUUUCUUCUGGCUAAUGCCUGUACUGGCUUGGCAGAACUUAAAAAUACUGAAGUGGUUUGCAUGAUAUCUGAAGUAAUUGGACAUCUUAUGGAAGGCGAAUUCUUAAAAAUGGCAUUUAGUGGUCAAAAUUUGAAUUUGGAUUUUUGGAAUGAGCUGGUCUUCAAAUGUAAAGGAAGUUUAAUGGCAAACAGUUGUAAAGCUGCUCUUAAGAUUGUUUCACAUUCAACUGAGGUAAGGGCUACUCUAACUACGGUGUAGUUAUUACAGUCAAGCCAGAUCAAGCAAACCCCCAUACAAGCCCUAGCAUUUCAUGGUAAUGAUCGUUUCUGGUACUGGAAAUUGAAAAAUAGUUUGCCAGUGACAUUUUCAGCCUUACAGUGUGUAAGGCUCAAUUUACAGGAAUUUACCAUUUUCCCACCCAGAUUCUUCUCUAGUAGAGCAAUUCUAUAGUUAUGACUCGGCUUUUAUAGGAAACUAAAUGUUAAGCAACUAUCAGUUUUCUGUCAUCCACGUUCCUUAAGUGCAUUGCACGUUACUGGUUUAUGGCUUCCAGUGCCAAAAAAAAGUAAUAAUAUGGCUUCGAAAAGUUGAAAAUAUUUAGGAGGUGAGUUUCCAUGAAUUUUCAUUUAACCAAAAAUUGUUACAGAUGGUUACCUAUGAUCUCUGGCCACGGAACCAUAAAAUUGUUGUCAAUGGGAUUUGAAAUCCCAGGGCUUGCCAUAGACUGUAUCAGUGAAUUGAUUACUAAUGAGGGUAUGAACCUGUUAUUCUUGGCAACUGUUUCAUGCAUAAUGAAUACAGCUUCUCAGUAUUCCAUCAGAUUGUAAAAUAUUGGAAUAGAUAAGAUUUCUUUAAAGCCAUGUCAUUUAAAUUCAGGAAAACUGAGCUGGCAGGAAUUACUUUGCUACCUCACAUGUGAAUUCAUUACUCAGUUCACAUGAAGAAAUGUAGAGAUGAAUGUGAAAUCUCCAAAAGGUACAGCUGCUUCAUUGUACUAUUAAACAGAUUCGUCUUCAAAUAAUUAAUUAUUCCCUUGCCAAAUUUCUUUUAGCUUCAGAACAAGGCUUUUGAGUUUGGCAAGAACCUUGCUUAUGCUCACCAGCUGAAGGAGGACCUGCAUUCUCUUUUUGAACGUAAAUCUCCCACUGUGUUGUACAGUGCCCCAGUGAUUCUGGCCAGUGGACAAACUGAAGUGAAAAAACUGGUUAACUGUAUCUUUGAGGAGAAAAACUCAGAGAAACUUGGUGCAUUCCAGGAGGAGUUAAGAAACUUAGUCACCAGCAACCAGUCAGUCAAAGAGAUGGAAGAACUAUGUUCAUUUUAUGCAAACAAAGCUCUGGAGUCCUUAGAUCCAUUUCCAGAUUCUGAAGCUAAGCAGGCGUUAUUGAAUAUCACCAAAUCUUUCGCUGUAUAAAAUAUAAAAAUACUAGAUUUUCAACCGCUCUUCUCCAGACUAUUAGGGUGAGGAGAACGAUGGUCCCUAUGACAGUGAUUUUGUUCAAAAAUACUUUAUGGUGAAGCCUGGGACUUAUCUUGUGAAAAAGGUAACGUGAAAAAUCAUGUGUCCCAGUCCAAAACCAGUGAGCUCCAGUGUAACCAGACAGUUAAUCUGAAGACAAACUCCAGAACUCUUUAUUAUAGUAUACUGAAAUUAAAAUAUAGUCC